UGAAAAGAGGUUUGUCUUAGAGUGCGGCAGCUGUUAGUGUAUCAAGGGAGAAAAGUAUCUUUGAACAUGGUGCAGCAGACGGAUCACAGCAUGUCGCGAGAGACCACAGACACCGAGGAGAACGAACUGAUGGCGUGUAGCCCGGUGCCACCGAAACCGGACUGGUGCAAGACAGCCACCGGCCACAUUAAACGACCCAUGAAUGCGUUUAUGGUGUGGUCCAAGAUCGAGAGGAGAAAAAUCAUGGAACAGUCUCCAGACAUGCACAACGCUGAGAUCUCUAAAAGACUAGGAAAACGGUGGAAAAUGCUGAAGGACAGUGAAAAGAUUCCCUUUAUCCGCGAAGCCGAGCGGCUCCGGCUCCAACACAUGGCUGACUACCCUGACUACAAAUACAGACCCAAGAAAAAACCAAAGCUCGACAUUUCUUCGAAACCAGCGGCGCAGUCGCCGGAGAAGAUCGGGAAAAGUGUUAGAGCUGCAGGGAAGAAGUGUGCUAAACUCAAGCCGAGCAAACCGGGGAACAUUACCGCCAGAGCUUCUUCACAGGACUGCAGAUUUAACUAUGUUUUCACAAACUUAAAAGUGACCAAGUCUAUCAAACGGGAACUUACUGACGACGAAGAUGAGGAUGAUGACGACGACGACGACGAGGAGGAGGAUGACUACGAGGAAGAGGAGCACAUCAGGCUGCACAACGUCCCCGCGAGCCCCACGCUGAGCUCCGCUGCGGAGUCCGAGGGCGCGAGCAUGUACGAGGAGUCCAGGCACACGAGCGCAAUUCCCGGCAGCAGACUGUUUUACAACUUCAAGAACAUUACCAAACAGAGUGCAGCUUAUCCUGCCUCGGUGUCACCAGCAUCCUCCUUCAGGUCUGUAUCUUCUUCGUCCAGCAGCUCCAGCGAGGACUCCGAUGACUUGCUGGUGGACUUCAGUUUGAAUUUAGCGGCGGGCUCUCACGGGAUGGACUUGGGUAACACUUCAGGAAACCUUUGUCUCUCCCUGGUGGAUAAAGAUUUGGACUCUUUCAGCGAGGGCAGUCUCGGUUCUCAUUUCGAGUUCCCGGACUAUUGCACUCCCGAGCUCAGUGAGAUGAUCGCGGGAGACUGGCUGGAGGCGAACUUUUCAGACCUUGUUUUCACUUACUAACUGACAAAUUCCUACAGAACCAAGGAGGCAUCUCGCAUCUUCAGGUUAAUUUUUGACUCUGACUCUGGUUGUCCUGGGUAAGACGGCGGAGCCUGCGUUUCGAGACUUGUAACUUAAAAAAAGUGACAACAUGGUCAUCAUCGACAGGGCUGUGUGUACGGCAAGCGCUUUUAACAUGUAUUCCUUCAAACUACAUAGCUUCCAUUUUUAUCUGACAAGCAGUUGUUUUUAUCCUUCUAAGCCAGUAGUUGGUGUUUUUUUCAGUAAACUAGGAAUUUUACUUAUUUUCUUGCUGCUAGUCACUAUCCCAGUAGUAACAAUAUACUGUUCUGUUACUGGUAACAAAUUGUAUAAUUAUUAUAAUUUUUUCUGUCA